AUGAACAGGGAAAGGGCUAGGGAUAGCGGGACUGGGAAUGGAAGUCUUAUCGGUCCUGGAAAUACCAGCAGGUCUCGUCUUUUACAAAGACAAGACAGCUUUUUUUCUCCAAUUACAUCAUCGUAUUCACAGUCAGCUGUAAAUCGGAGAAUGUCGUUAUCCAAUCCAAAAAGUAUGGUGAGAUCCCCAGAAAAGCCAGAGAUGUCGAAUGAAAGGAAAAAAAGAAGGUUGAGUUUGGUGCCCAAUGGCAACAGCUUAAAAUUGGGGGCACCAAGACAUGCCAAUCAGACUCCGGCUUCCAAGCGUCAAUCACUUUUAAGCAACGCUAGCGCAUAUACAUUAAACAAUACAGGAACACAAGUAUCUAGUAGAAAGUCAACUAUACCCAACACACCAUCAUCUGCGAGAAACACACCCACAGGGAGAUCUGUCCAGAAUCUUGUUCAAAGUUCAAUCACAAGAUCGAACCUUCCUACCCGUCGCACAAAUAACAGACGUGAGUCUGUCCAACUCCCCUCAUCAAGUGGAAAUAUAACAACGUCUUCUUCAAACAGACUAUACAAUGGAAGAAAAUUGAGGGAUCCAAGGCCCCUCAAAAGUCAUAGGUUUAUUGAAAAUGCACAGAACGAACUAUAUGAAUACUUAUCAAGUAAUAAAUUUGAUAUCGACAUGAGAUGUCAGCUUUCAAUCAAAACGUUAUCACAACCCACUCAGAAAGACUUUGAGCUAAUAUUUCAAUGGCUGUACAAAAAGCUAGAUCCCGGCUACAAGUUCAGCAGACCUUCAGAAAACGAAUUUUAUACACUGCUGAAAUUUUUAGAGUACCCGUAUCUUGAAACAAUCACCAAGUCUCAAUUGAGUGCUGUUGGCUCAAACUGGCCUGCUUUUUUGGGAAUGCUUCAUUGGAUGCUAAGACUAGUUAAGGAUUCACUCAAGUUAGAUGAACUAGACAUUGAUUCGAUUCAGGACUCACAGUCCCAGUCCCAAUCCCAAUCCCAAUCACACAAUGCAUGUUCAGAUGAGAGGUUUGACGACUUAUUGAUCACCAGUGAGCAGUCCAUCUUAAACAAACUUUUUAUCAGUUAUGCUUUGAAAUCUUACAAGGCCUUUUUGGCUUUUGGGGAUGACGAUUAUUCAGAAUAUUUUGAUGAAAUGAAUAAUGAAUAUGCCGAAUAUGCUGAGGAAAUCAAAAGAAAAUGUUCAUUGAACAAAGAAUUGUACAAUAAUUUGAGAGAAACGUAUGAUAAUCUAGUCGAAAACUUGGAUCUUUAUGAUUUUCAACUAAAAAGGGGCGAAGCACUUAAAGUUGAUGUCACCAAUUUACAGAGGCAUAUCGAAAUGUUCAAGGAUCAUCAACAAAAAUGGCAGAAUACACUAGAUAAGCUCAAACUCGAUCUGCAAAAUGUCAAUGAAUCUAUCAAUAAUUCGAGGAGGGAAAAACAGAAUAUCAUUUCGGAUUUGGAAAGCAAAGGUUUGACAUUAAAAGAUAUCGAAGAUCUUCACAAUGAGAAGGAUAAACUCACAGAUAGCUUGAAUCAUAUAGAUCAAACUCAAAAAGAAAUUAAGAUAAAAAUUGAAGAGAAAAAUAAAGAGUUAAAGUCAUUAUUUUUUGAGACGGAAGCAAAAAUUAAUACUUAUAACCAAAUGAUCUAUAGGAUUUUUGGUUUUCUCAAUAUUCCUACGCUUCCGCAAUCAUCCGAAUAUAUAAUCAAUCAGAUAAACGACGGAUGUUUAAAAUCCAACUUAGGUUGCCCACCAAAUGAUAUUAUUCCUCAACUAUCAACGCUGCGUAGCCCACUUGAAAAUUUAAGACUUUCAAUUCAAACGAAUACUCGGUCUAAUCAAGAUUCUGCCUUCCAACUUCGUCAGCAGAUUGAUGAUUUGAAUCAUUCUGCUAUGAGAUUCACAAACCAACUAGAAACAUUGACAGAUGAUGUCUUAUUAUCAGACAAAAAGUAUGCGGAAGUUAGGGAGAGAUUAGAAGUCGACUCAAGUAGGAUGUUGCUAGAUAUCGAGGAAAGAGAAGAUGAAAUUAGAAACUUUACUUUGGAAAAAGAAAGGCAGAAAAUGCUAGUCGAAAGGAGUUGGAGAAAUACAGAAAAGGACUUUAAAGAAUUUGUUGAAAGGAUCAAGCAAAGAAGAACCAAUCUAUUUGUUGAUAUUACCAAAACACUUGAUGAUGUUGUCAAUUUCAAGUUCGAUAUUGGAACAGAGUUAGAAAAUAUUGUCAACGAAGUGAAUAACGAACUCAAAGAACAUGUAGAUUCAUCUAGCGUCAACCACAUAGAUAUAAAUAGGCAAGACAUAGCAGAGGAAGAAAAUGACAGGGAAGAGGAAACAUAA